CCCUCCGAGGAGGCCCGGCCGCGACCCGGGCCGCGCUCGCCGAGCAGCUCCUCAGUUCUCUCCGCGGCCGCCUCUCCUCGUCCCGGCUCCCAGCCCAGUCGCUCCCGCCGGCUCCGGGCUCGCCGGCUGGCGGGGAGCGGCCUCAAGAUGGACGAAGGCGGCGGCGGCGAGGGCGGCAGCGUGCCUGAAGACCUGUCAUUAGAAGAGCGAGAAGAACUUUUGGACAUUCGCCGAAGGAAAAAGGAACUUAUUGAUGACAUUGAGAGGCUGAAAUAUGAAAUUGCAGAAGUGAUGACAGAGAUUGAUAACCUGACCUCAGUGGAGGAGAGCAAAACUACUCAGAGGAACAAGCAAAUAGCCAUGGGAAGAAAGAAAUUCAACAUGGACCCCAAAAAGGGCAUUCAGUUCCUAAUUGAGAAUGACCUGCUGCAGAGCUCCGCAGAGGAUGUCGCCCAGUUCCUGUACAAGGGAGAGGGCCUGAACAAGACCGUCAUUGGAGACUACCUGGGUGAGAGGGAUGACUUUAAUAUCAAAGUUCUUCAGGCUUUUGUUGAGCUGCAUGAGUUUGCUGAUCUCAACCUUGUCCAGGCUUUAAGGCAGUUCCUGUGGAGCUUCAGGCUUCCUGGAGAGGCGCAGAAGAUCGACCGCAUGAUGGAGGCCUUCGCGUCACGAUACUGCCUGUGCAACCCUGGUGUCUUCCAGUCCACAGAUACGUGCUACGUACUGUCGUUUGCCAUCAUCAUGCUCAACACCAGCUUGCACAACCACAAUGUGCGGGACAAGCCCACUGCAGAGCGCUUCAUCACCAUGAACCGCGGCAUCAACGAGGGCGGGGACCUUCCUGAGGAACUGCUGAGGAACUUGUAUGAAAGUAUCAAGAAUGAGCCGUUUAAGAUCCCGGAAGAUGAUGGGAAUGACCUGACACACACGUUCUUCAACCCGGACCGAGAAGGCUGGCUGCUGAAGCUGGGGGGCCGUGUGAAGACCUGGAAGCGGCGCUGGUUCAUCCUCACAGACAACUGCCUCUACUACUUUGAGUACACCACGGACAAGGAACCCAGGGGCAUCAUCCCACUGGAGAACCUCAGCAUCAGGGAGGUGGAGGACCCUCGGAAACCGAACUGCUUUGAGCUGUACAACCCCAGUCACAAAGGGCAGGUCAUCAAAGCCUGCAAGACAGAGGCCGACGGCCGUGUGGUGGAGGGGAACCACGUCGUGUACCGCAUCUCCGCCCCCAGCCCUGAAGAGAAGGAGGAGUGGAUGAAGUCCAUUAAAGCAAGCAUCAGCAGGGACCCGUUCUAUGACAUGCUGGCCACAAGGAAAAGGAGGAUUGCCAAUAAGAAAUAGGUAAAUGCCAAGACCCAGGCUCCACAGCAGAGACCCCGGCUACUCGAGGAGGCGGUGCGGUGCCGGGGUCCGCCAGAGCAGCCAGCCAAGCCUCAGAGCCUGUGCUGUGCUCCGGGACGCUGGUCAGCUGUGAGUGUUUCCUUCCUGUCACUGUCCUGGCGUUGACCUUUGGGGAGACCCUUGUCCACAACAGCACCUGGUGAUACGGCCUCCGGAUCUGCACAGCCCACAUGGGACUCCUUUUCUGGAACCAGAGCCUCAUCCACACCAUGCCACACCUGCUCUUAGGGGCAGCGCUAGCUGUUCUAGAAGUCGCUGUUUUAUAUCAAAAUGGGAAAGGAAAACCUACCACUUUUUUAUUCAGAAUUUUUCUCAGAUAUAUAGGAUUAUAGCUUUUAUAUGCCUUUUUAUAUUCUGAAAAUUAUAAUGAAAGAUACUUAAUUUCUAACAGUAGUAUUUUUAGAAUGGCAGCUCUAAACUCCUGGACACAAGCAUAUACUGUGCACUGAAAACAGCCUAGAUUUGCAGCCCCCAGCGCUGCGGUGGGAGAGGGGCCUGGGGUGGCAGGCGGGGCCCAGGCAGCCUCUGGGUGAAGAGCUGUGCUAAAUUCCCUCACAGGCUUCUAAGACCGCUCGUUCACUAAAAUACGGCAGUGGGUCAGGCUGUUUAUCCCGUCAAGUGCUGAGGCCUGGGAGACGGAGUCCUUUCCUAUGUAUGGGUGAAACCAUAGGAAACUGCUGUUUGACUUUCAGACAUGGCAGUUCCGUGUGGUCCAACCGCACACGGCUCACGGCUUCAGUACUUUUGUUGCUUGCUGUUUUCAAACUUUUAAGUGCUCACUGACGUGUGUUUUGUGUAAUGAGUAGGCAUAAGCAGCCAGAAAUAACCCACCCAGCCUCUGUAGUGCCGAGUUCUCCAGCACUUGACAUCCCGUUUGAGGGGAAAGGCUGAAGAUGGCACUGAGGGGUUCCUGUAGCAUAUAGAACCCUGUGUAUACCGGGGUGUGUGUUCAGGCCACCCUGUGCUUGGGCUGAGACUGGGUAAGGUGGUAGGGCCUUUUCUGUUGCGGCUCUGGGAGGCCCAUUCAUGAUCUGGAGGAACCUCUUGAGGCUUCAUGUGGCUUGUUGGAAAUGGCUUUCCCAUGCAGAACUGCUUCCCUGCUGUCUGCAUCCCGACAGUCCUGGAAAACCAACAACCAUAUGCACCUAGACAUGACUUUCUGUGAGCUGGCUUGAGGCUCUUUGCCUCUGACCUUGGUGGCAGUAACUGUCAUGUAAGAUGGUGCAGGGGACUUGAAGGCCAAAAACUCCCUCAUGCACCAGACUAAUCACUUAUUGGUUUAUUCCCAAGCUUCUAGGGCUUGCUUUCUUUUACUGAUACCUCAAAUCUGAAACCCUUGCAUUUGAGCUGCCUGGCUGGUGUGUAUGCAGCUUGGCUCCCAGUCUUCCGUGGUCCUUACCCCCUCCUCCUUCCCCCUCAACCUGAACCCGCUGCUGGUUUGGCACCUGUUGGGAGGUGCGGACUGGCAUUCCUGUCUCCUCACAUCCAGCCCAGGUGUGGCCCUGGGGAACAGAGCUCUCCGUUGGAUAUUGGGGACAUUAAGCAUGAGGCCACCUGACGCCGUCUUUGAUGCCAUAGUUAUCUUUGAAGGGAUGUUGGUGCUAAGAAUCCGAAGUUACUGGCUCUCAGUACCCACGUGGAGUCACCUAACUCAGGUUAUGUUGUGUCAGUAUUAGCCCCAAGGGCACAAAGGCCAUUUCCAGAGCUUACGAAGGCUCAGGCACACCCCUGUCCGUCACUCUCUCUCUGCGCUCUCACUGAAGCAUUAAGCCCUACUCUGGCCAAAGACAGUUUCCUGUCCUGCCUGGCCCUGGCCGCCAUUUUUGAGUGUCAGGGCACUUGAUGUGGUACCACAGUGUAACUAGGAGCCGUCUGGAGCUGCAGCAGCCUACUGUGCUUCGCGGCACACUGACUUCAGAGCUACAGGUGUGCUUUGCUGACAAGUUAGGUCGUUACAGACCAGAAACCACAAGUUGUGAUUUCCUUCUUUUUACCUUAGAAAACAUUUCUAUUUACAAUAAAUAGUUACUAUGUAAAUAAUGUACAUAUGUAUUAAUUUCUGCAGUGUUUGUUAUACAGUGUACAUACUCCUACAGUCUGCAUGAAGAAAUACCCUAAUAAUGUUGAUAUCAUAAUUUCUGGCUAUUUUAUUGCAAAGCAAACAGCUAGCAAAAUGGAGGGCUUACAGCUGUCAAAUACUGUGUUCCCUAAAUAAAAACGUACUGCUCAAACAAAA